AUGAGGCAAGCGUAGAAGAAUGUUCCAAAGUUCUUGAUGAUAUGUUGGAUGAGAGCGAUCCUUUAUAUUUUGUUGCUGGGACAAUAUUUUGUGAAAGUAAGACAUAUAGAGAAUUUUGGAUGCAUCUUAGGAAGAAAAGUGAUGAAGCUAAAAAACAAUGGCUUAUAAUGGUAGGAAAGAAGAUGGGCUUGAUAUAGAAUUAUGGUAGGAAAGGACUUGACUUUAUUAUGAUUAUGUUAUGAAUGUUAUUUUGUUUAAACUUUUAAUUUUGAAACAUCAUUUUGUUUGGUUCGUAAUUGGUUUUUAUAUAUUUGUGAUUUAAGUAUAUUGUGUUAUACCCUUUAUAAUUCUUUUAAAAUUUGGUUUUACAGGCUAUUUUGUGAUUCAAAGUUAUUUAAUAUGUUGACUGGUAAUAAAAGGAAAAAGGUCAUCACUAUCCUUCGUCUAAUUUUACUUAUGAGAAGAAGACGAAGGGGUCAAAGGCCUGAUGCUAUUUCUUUACUUGAUGGAGCUAGUUAUGUUAAAGAAAUUAUUGAAGGAAAUCCAGCUCAUUGCCAAGAAAUGUUGAGGAUGAAGAAAGAAGCUUUUAUAAAGAUUUGCUCUAUUUUUAGAGAAAAUGAAUGGUUAAAAGAUAGUCGUUAUAUAUCGGUGGAAGAGAAGAUGUCUAUGUUUUUAAUUACUUUAAGCCAUAAUUUGCGAGUACGAUUUGUCAAACGAAGAUUUUGCCAUUCAACGCAAACAAUCAACUUCUACUUUCAUGAAGUUCUAAAAGCUAUGCUGAAAUUCUCUAAGGAAAUUAUUGUUCCUACUCAAGGUAAUCAAAUAUCUCAUGAUACAAGGCAUAAACGUCUUCGAGAAGUGUUUAAGGGUGCUAUAGGUGCCUUAGAUGGAACUCUAGUACAUGCCAUUGUUCCAAUAAAUGAACAAGUUCGAUAUAGAGGAAGGGGAAAAGGAAAAUGUUAUCAGAAUGUACUGGCUAUAUGCAAUUUUGAUAUGUUAUUUACAUUCAUUUGGGCGGGAUGGGAAGGAGUGGCACAUGAUUCUAAAGUCUUAACCGAAAUAAUGCGUAAUCCAAGGUCAAACUUUCCCUUUCCAGGUCCAGAUGAAUAUUAUUUAUGUGAUGCUACAUAUUGUCAUAUUCGAGGAUUUAUGUCGCCCCAUCGAAAUGUACGUUAUUGGCUUGGAGAUUUCCAACGAGGUGGUAGAGCUCGAACUAAAGAGGAAUUAUUCAAUCAUGCACAUGCAAAAUUAAGAAAUGUUAUCGAGCGUACAUUUGGCGUAUUGAAAGCUCGCUUUCCUAUAUUGGAUAAGAUGGCUCCAUAUCACUUUCGAACUCAAAGGGAUAUUGUUAUUGCUUGUGCAGCAAUACAUAAUUUUAUUAGAACAAAUUGCACAACAGACUCGUUUUUUGAACAAUUUGAAGAUGAAAUUACGACUGCAGAUAAUCAACAACGAUGGACAUCAAUGAUGGAGUCCUCGAGACAAGCUGAUCAAGCAUAUAUGAUUAAUUUGCGUGAAGAAAUAGGAAAUCAAUUAUUUAAUAUGCGAUUUUAA